CAAGUAACUGUCACAGUGUGGCAGCUGCAGGAGAGCCACCCCCUCUCCUCCCAUCCAGCCGGCAUGGGAACCAGGCAUUUGUCUAUCAAGGACGCAACCUUGGCUGCUUCUAUUAUCAGCCAAGGUGCAGAGAGACGAGAAGGUCAGAUUAACAAAGCAAAGUAUAGCUAUCUUUCUGGAUUAUGGGUGUCUGGAUGGAAGACUCUGCAACUGCCCUGUAAAGCUCCUAUAUAGAUGUAACACCUAUAACCGCAUCACUCAGGCGGACUCUGAAGCGGCUUCCAGUCAUGGCGUUCUCAGGGGUGACCGGUCUUCUGCUCUGUCUUUUAUACUCUUGUUCCACACAGUCCAGAGCUCACCAGUACAAACAUGUGUCUGCGCAUGAAGGAAGCACAGCAACCCUGGGCUGUUUUGUGGAAGGUGAGGAGAUCCAGGAUCUUAGUGUCCAGUGGUUUAAACAGCUGCCAGACAAUGCGCCCACCUUUAUCCUCCGCCAUGGAGGCGACUCCAGCCUGCAUUGGGCAGAUCCAUCCCUGGAGCGUUUCCAUUCCGUCAAAGACGUCACAAAUGCUCAAUUCCUGGAGAUCAAAAACGUCUCUGCAGAAGACAGCGCCCUCUACUGGUGUCUGCGGACUAAGCAGCCUUUUCACUAUGUCUGGGGCGAUGGGAUCUACCUCAGUGUGCAUGGAGGUGAAAAUGUGCAAGCCCCUUCUGUAACCCUCAUGAGCAGUGCGGAAUCUCUGGGCAGUUCCAAUCUUCUCCAUAUCGCAUGUUUGGUAACUGGUUUUUAUCCCCCAGUUAUAGAGGUUACAUGGAAGGUGGAUAAACAAACAGCCGCAGGAGACAUUAUUGCAGGACCUACUCAGUCAGAAGAAGGUGAUAGUUAUUCCAUGAUCAGCAUUUUGGAUCUUUCGUCACACCCCUGGAGAAACAUCUCAUCUUUUUCAUGUGAAGUACGCCAUGAUUCCUCAAGGAUUAACAUCACAAAAGACUUCUCUGAUUGUCGCAGACGCACAUAGAAGAUGUUGUGUUAUUAGACUGUUGAGACAUGGUUACCCUCUGGACUUAAAAUAUCUGAUCACUACGUGAUGUGGCAAGAUGUGAUACAGAGAUACCUGCAGUAUCUCCAGUUCCCUUUCUGUGUUAAGUAGUGUGUGGCUAUGGAAGAGUUGAUUUCUAUAAAUGACUAGCCAGCUAUUAGUAGAGUACAUUAUAAACUGUGGGUACUGCUAUGGGCACUAAUAUCACCCUUCCAAAAAUAAUAAUAAAGUGUAUGAAUAAGAAUAUUGUAACACAAUAUUAUAUGAAAAGAUUACAAUUUGUGGUGUACUAAUAAUUGGAUUAAUUUCAUAUUUAAGAAUAUUAUUGUUAAUAGUAUUGUAUUGUACAGUAGAGCACAAACAAAUAUUCUAUGUAUAAUCAUGAGAACUGUGAAAUAGGUGUGCCCUGUUCUUUACAGUUUACAAUGUAUAGGAAAUUUGAGAAUAGAACAUCGGACACGUGCAUUUAUUUUUAGAAUCAUCUACAGUAGAAUAAAUGUUAUUUUGUUAAAGAAGUAUUGUGGUGUCAAACUUAUAAUAUAGUUGGUGCACUCAUU